GAGAUGAGCAGCGACAGUUUGACUUCGUCUGUCACAGCAUUCAGUCACGCUUGAUAGCCAUGGAGUGGCGGAAUCCAGAGGAAGAGUACUCUUCGCGAUCUGAUCUCAAGCGAGAGGAUGUCAAGAAGAUCCUCGAGUGGAUAUCCAAGCAGCCUCAUCUUCCUGAGAUAUCAGAGCUCGAAGCCAUCCUAUUCGUUCACUCCUGCUAUUACAGCCUGGAGCAGGCCAAGAAGACAAUAGACACGUACUACACCAUAAGGACUCACUCACCUGAGUUCUUCGCCAAGAGGGACACCAAUGCUCCUGAGAUAUUGGACACAAUGGAGAUUCAACUCCAAGUGCCACUUCCAGGACUCACGCCAGAGGGUUACAAAAUAAUCUUCUGCAAUCUGCUGGACUACGAUGCAACAAAGUAUAAUUUUACAGCGUCUCUUAAGUUAUAUUCUUUCGUGAGCGACCUUCAUCUGUGGACUGAAGGCACUGCUGAAGGCCAUAUUCUGUUGGUUGAUAUGCAAGGCAUGUCUCUGGGUCACAUCGCACGCCUGGGACUCGUGCAAAUGAAGAAGUACAUCACUUACCUCCAGGAUGCUCUGCCAGUGCGCAUCAAGGGCCUCUACUUCAUCAACGCCAAUCCCAUAACGGACAAACUGCUCGCAAUGAUGAAGCCCUUUAUGAACAAACAGCUCACGUCGAUGCUUCAGGCAUUCACGACUAUGGAAUCCGUGUACAAAGUGAUCCCACGGGAAAUGUUCCCCAAGGAAUUGGGAGGACAGUCGAAGAGUUUUGAAGAGCUGCAGAAGGACAUGAAACAAUCAAUGGCGGCUCAUCGGAAUUUCUUCUUAGAACAGGAGAAUUCACGGCUCGUGAAUGAGAACUUGAGACCGGGAAAGCCCAAAACGGCCAAUGAUCUUUUCGGGAUUGAGGGGAACUUUAAGAAGUUGGAUUUUGAUUGAUAUU